CUCUCUCUCUCUCUCACUCUCUUUCUUUCUCUGGCAGCACUCAGCUUUUUUGGCAGGAGUGACCAGAAUAAAAACAGCAACACCAGACAUAGAAGAGAAAAAAGUGCAAUGAUCCAUCGAACCAAAGGCUUUGCCCUUUCCUAAUUACGUCGUGUCCAGUAUCAUUUACUUUUUUCCUCCCCUCUUCAUUUUUUUUGAGACAUUUUUGAAGUGGUAAUUAGCUCUUGGAGAAUAAAACCAGCUGAUUCGGGGAGGGCCAGUGCAUUUUGGGGCGAGAUGGCUAACAGGAGGGUUGCGUUGCUCCUUCUCGGAUUCUUCCUCACCAUACAGCUGAGUCCUUCACUGCAAGGAGGAGUGUAUGUACCACCGGGUUCAGCUGGAGUAGGAGCAGGAGGUGCUGGAUUGCUACCAGGUGCUGGACUUUACCCAGGUGCUGCGGCGUCCCAAUACAAAGCAGCAAAAGCAGCAGCAGGAGGAUAUGGAGGUGCGGCUGGGACAGGAGCUUUAGGGGCUGGAGGUUAUGGAGCUGGUGGUUAUGGAGGUUACGGUGCAUAUGGUGGUGCUGGAAGAUUUUACCCAGUGGCUGGAGGUCUGAAACCGGCUAAACCAGGUGCUGGGCUACCUGGAGGAGGUCUUCCUGGAGGAGGUCUUCCCGGAGGAGGUCUGCCUGGAGGAGGUCUACCUGGAGGUGCUGGUGGAAAGCCUGCUAAAGGAGUGCCAGGUGCAGGAGGAGCUGGUCAUGGUUCUGGUCUCCCAGGCCUUGUCAUUCCUCAGACCGGUGUACAAGGACUGGGCCCUGGUGGGGUUGGAUCUGCUGGAAAAGCCGCAAAGCCUGGAAAGGCUCCAGUGCCAGGAGUGGGAGUGCCUGGACCAUAUCAAGGAGGACUUGUUCCUGGACAAGGCUUCAAUGGGCGUGGUGUUCUUCCUGGUGUAGCCACAGGAACUGGACUCAAACCUAAAUCAGCUGCUGGUGGAGGGCAGGGUCUGGUGCCAGGCGGUGGUGGACGUGGAUAUGGACCACUGCAACAAGGAGUAUUUCACGGAUACCCUCUCAAAUCUCCAAAAGCCCAAGGUGCUGGGUUACCCUACACUGGUGGUAAACUUCCAUACGGUUAUGGUGGUUUUGGUGGAGGUACUGGACUCCCUGGUGGAAAAGGAGGAGCUGGCUCAAAGCCUGGUUAUCCAACAGGGACUGGUGUGGGGAAUUUAGGAGUCUCUGCUGCACAGGCCAAAGCUGCUAAAUAUGGUGCUGGAGCUGGUUUAGGUGGAGCUGGAACUUUUCCAGGUGGUGCUGGUGGACUUUACCCUGGUGUAGGAGCUGGUUUAGGUGGUCUUGGAGCAGGUGGUGCUGGUGGAGUUUACCCAGGGGCAGGAGGUGCUGGUGUUCUUACCCCAGCUCAAGCUAAAGCAGCUAAAUAUGCAAACCUACAUUCACUAGGAGCUGGUCCUGGUGUGACUGGUAUUGGUGGUGUCCCAGGUGCAGGUGGAUUCUUUCCUGGGGCAGGGGGUACUGGUGCACUCUCCCCUGCUCAGGCAAAAGCUGCUAAAUAUGGUGCAGGAUUAGUUCCUGGUGGUGCAGGAUUAGUUCCUGGCGGUGCAGGAUUAGUUCCUGGCGGUGCAGGAUUGGUUCCUGGCGGUGCAGGAUUAGUUCCUGGAGGUGCUAGGAUUUUGCCAGGAGCUGGAGGGCUUUAUCCUGCAACAGGAGGUCUUACCCCUGCUCAAGCCAAAGCAGCUAAAUACGGUUUGGGUGGGGCAGCUGGUGUUGUUCCUGGUGUUGGAGGACUGUACCCUGGAGCUGGAGGUGCACCAGUUGGUGGAGUAGUGGGGGGAGCCGGGGGAAUUCCUGGAACAGCGCCGGGGGCUGGAGCGUAUCCAGGUGGAGUGAAGCCUCCUAAAUACGGAGGAGCAGGAGGUGCUGGUGUUGUCCCAGGCUACAGUUCUGUUGCUGGGUUCGGAGGAGUUCCUGGAGCUGUGCCUGGGGCUGGAGGUCUAGGAGCCGGUGCCAAACCUCCUAAAUAUGGAGUGCCUGGAGGAACAGGGUUGGGGGUCCCUGGAGGAGUUCCUGGAGGAGUUCCUGGAGGAGUUCCUGGAGGAGUACCAAUAUCUGGAGCAGGAGGAUACCCUGCUGGUGCCAAGGCUCUGAAAUAUGGUUUGGGUGCUGGUGGUUUACCAGGUGGGACUGGUGUUUUGCCUGGAAUAGGUUUGGGUGGAGCUGGUGGAGUUCCAGGUGGAGCUGGAAUAGGAACUGGAUAUGGAGGAUAUGGGACUGGGGUAAAACCACCUAAAUACGGUGUUCCAGGUGGAGUACCAGGUGGAGUACCAGGAGGAGUACCAGGAGGAGUACCAGGUGGAGUACCAGGUGGAGUACCAGGAGGCUUACCUGGAGGCUAUCCAACAGGAGUUAAACCUCCGAAAUAUGGAAUUGCAGGAGGUGCAGGUACAGUACCUGGUGCAGGAGGAGCACCACUGCCUGGAACUGGCACAGGACUGACACCAGGGUAUCCUGGUGGAGUCAAACCUCCUAAAACUGGCGCUGGGAUCACUGGAACUGGAAUAGCAGCUCCCGGAGCAACACCUGGUGGUGACGUGGUGGGCGUACCGGGUGGCACGGGCAUCGGUGUUCCUGGAGGUACCGGUCUGCCCAUUGUACCCAGCGGAAAACCAGCAAAGCUUCCAACACUGGCUCCUGCAGGGACUGCUCUACCAGGUGGUGGGCAGAGAGUGCCUGCUGCUGGUCCUGGUGGGGUUUACCCGUAUGGAUAUGGCCCAUAUCCUGGUAGCACUGGAGCAGCUGGAAUUGGAACCGGUGUGUUACCUGGAGCUAAACCUCUGAAAGCCCCUGGUGUUGGAGGAGUAGGUGGUGUCGCAGGUGUAGGGGGAGUUGGAGGGGCAGGACUCGUACCCGGAGCAGGUGGAGGGUAUCCAGCAGGUGUAGGUGUUGGAGCUGGUGCUAAACCACCUAAACCAGGCUACGGCUCUUUGGGCACAGGAUACGCACAGCCAGGUGGUGUAGCUCCAGGAGGAUAUGGAGGAUAUCCACAAGCAUAUCCAGGGGGAUAUGGAGCAGGACUGUCACCACAGCAAGCCAAAGCAGCCAAAUACGGAGGAGGACUGACGGGAUUCCUGGGAGCAGGUUAUCGAGGUGGAGCGGGCUGCCAGGGAAAAUACUGCGGGAGGAGGAGAAAGUAAAGGAUCUCUUGAGAUGUGAAGUGACCUCAAGAAACAUGGUGCUACUGCAUGCUCUAGAAUGUACUUUUGAUACUCAAACAAACAAUCCCAACAUGCACAAGUGUUAUGUUUUGUACUGAUAGCAAGUAUUUGUAACAAAUCCAAAUCUAGAUCCCCGAACCGUCUAGUAUUUUUGUGAAAAUAAUUCAAAUUCUACCGGCACAUUCCAUCACGAUACUGUUUCCCAGUGUAGGGUUGAUUAGCUGGCAAUGCUGUUGUGUAACUGUAGACGUUUUAACCACCGACCUCCUUCUCGUGGACGUUUCUGAGACCACCCGAAGCUCUUUUGCUCACGAUCUGGCGCUCUAGACUCUCUCACAUCUCCCUCGCCGGCCCGUGAGCGAAAGCGUCCCGUCAUUCUGUCGUUCUGCUGAUUAAACCCUGGGUUGAAAUACUUCACAUCUGGCUGUGCUUCAGCUCAGGGGUUUGCCUGUUAUUUUUACCCUUCAGCAGCUUUCUGUGCAGAUGGGCCUACGAUCGCAGUGCUUUAUGGGUGACUCUCUCACACACACACACACACACACACACACGCGCGCAAACAAAAAGAAAUGAUAUUUUACAUAAAGAAAAUCAAGUUUUAGGAGCACAGAUUUAUUUUCCACCAAAAUUCUAAUGCUUUUGGUGCUUUUACUUUUUUCUUUUGUAAUUAUUUGUAAUUAAGAAUUAUUCUCACUGGUGGUAUUUUAUUCUCAUUACUGCAAAACAAAAAAAAAGUGUGUUAUUUAAAGGCAGUAAUACUUCCAUGAUGUACAAAUACUUUUGUAGUGAAUUUAUUUCUAACAUUAUUUUCAUUUUCUUCAUGGAAAUAUAAUUUCUUUUAACUUCUUACAUGUUUUGUGAGAUUCACCCCCAUCAGCGAUCUCCUGAUUUGAGACACUUAUCAUAGGAACACGUAUUACGCUAAGAGAGCUUUGUGGAUGGCAGAACGUCUCGAUCGCAGCAUUCAUUCUUGUAUUCUGUGUGAAGUAUGACGAGCUUCGCUCUGAUUAUGCUGAGAACAAGCGGAAGUAAAUGACAGCUCAAUCAUUUGUUUCGGUAACUUUCCGGUGAAGGGAACAAACUGAAAGUAACUCUGUAAAAUAGUAAUCGUAGUUCUGACUUGUACAUUAUGUAUGUUUAAACCUGGAAGGUUAAAAAGUGUGCUUAUGUUUUUCCCUGGACCCGGGGACUACAGGUGCUUCCAUCAUUUGACCAAGAAUGUGUUUCUUUAAUCGUUGUGUAUUCACAUAGAAUUAGUUUAUAUAUAUAUAUAUAUAUAUACAUAUACAUAUAAAAUAUAUAUAUAUGUAUAUCAUAUGCUUACCGUAGGUUGGAUCAUUUAACAACAGGUUACUUUGCCUUGUGUUGUUUGUUUUGCACCAUUUGAACUUGACAUGUUGACCAAUUAUCGAGUUUGUACACAUCAUAUGACAAUAACUUCUUUGUUUUAAAUAGCUUCUGCAAUGUAGUCACUGUGGAACUUGCAAAGCUGUGUGUGAUAUUUUAAGAUGUGAGUGUCUGUGUGUGUGUGUGUGUGUGUGUGUGUGAGUGUCUGUGUGUGUGUGUGUGUGUCCGUCUGUCCCGAAAGCCUCACUAGCCAAUGUAUUAUCAAACAUAUAAUGUGUCAGUUUUUGCUAUACUUGGUUGAUACUGUUUUUCGAUCCAUCUGGAGAGACACUUCCUCAUGUGUUAAUGUACCUGGUGCUGUAUUUGACCUGCCUGUGAGCCCUACCAGGUCUUCUCUAUUGUGCCGUGGGAUUUCCAUCUUAUUUAAGUAAAGGGGCGGGGCUGUUGCACUUUUUCCACAACCUAUAUUCUGACUAGUUCCCGGAAAUCCCGGCAUUUUACCUGCUCUAGUGAAAAAUUUAAUAAAAUAUUUUAAAUAAUUAAAAA